AAAAAAGAAUCGGUAAUUGGCCAAGCGCGGGUGAGUCGGGCAGUCAAUACUCCAACCCACCCGAGCAAAUUAAACGCUCGCCCGCCAAAUCACUGACGUUGUCGCCGCACGCAUCGCAAAGCACACAACUAACCAACAGCAGGGGAAUGCCAGGAGUCGGAGUAAGACAAGCAUUAACGACUUAACUCUUACAACAUCAACAUCUGGCAAUCCACGCCUCCGUCUUUUUGAGCAGCUUAUUCCGCUUGCUCUCCGAUCUCCAUCUCCAAAUCAAUCGCCCCCCGAAUCCCGCAAUUCGCGUCAGUCCAUUACUCAUCCACAUCACGGGAGGAGACAGGCAGGCAGCACACUGCGUCUCCAACAAAUCAACCCAGCCGAUAUUUGUAUGAGACCACAAUAACACAUAGAACCGCGCUCGACGAUGUCGUCACCGUUGAGCCCCGCCGGCGGCGGACAGCCGCUGCAACCGGUGUCACACAACGCCCAGCGCGAAUCUGCGCUCUUCGCGUCGGUCCAGCUCCACGAGCGCAUGGGGGAGAGCCCGUCCGGCCGCGACAGUUCGGUACACGAAAAAAUCAACCAAUUCAACACUCUCGCGAUGCAUUCCAAAACCCUCGAGCGCAAAACCGCCGACGCCGCCCUCAAGCGCGCCAUGCUCGGCCGGGAGGAGGCCGAAGCUGAGGCCCGCCGGUACCGUGACGAGGUGAUGGUCUUGAGGAAGGAAGUUGAGGAGGGAAAGAAGAACGAGAGGAAAGUGGGAGAGCGACUGGAGGCUGUGAUGGAAAAUUCCGGUCGUGCCAAAGAAAUGUACGCCCACUCCCAACAACGAUGGGAGAAAGAGAUUCGCCGCUCCCGAAAAGAAACGUUCAAAGUGCAGAGCACCCUCGUCAAAGCACAGGAGGAGCUCAAGUCCUGCCGGACGGCUCAGAAGGCUACCGAGGAGGAGCUCCAUACUGAGCGAGAGCGGAGCAAGGCCCGGGAACAAGAGGCUUUCGACGCGCAGUACCGGCUUGUCGGGCUACAGGAACAACUGGGCCAAGCUUUGGCCCGUGCCAAGAUGCUGGAGCAGGAGCUGGAGGCCAUGAGGACGCUAGCCAAGAACGAUACUGAAGUCAAACGUACGACUUCCACUGACGAGAGGGACGACUCGGAAGGACCGCGGAAACGCGCCAGGUUGUCUUCCGUCUCGUCGUUUGGCCAUGGCAACCCAGAAAUCGAAACGAUCACGAUGCUCUGGGAGUGGGAGAAGCAGCGGGCGGACCGAGCUCUGGAACAAGUCGAUUUCCUCGAGGCGGAAUGUCAGCUCAAAGUUUGUUCGGCGGGAAAGGAGCUACGCAAGACUUCAGUCCAGCGGUCGAGCACACGCAAGCGAACCAGCAUGCUGAUUUCCGAUGCCGGAGACUCGAUGAUACUUAGUGAGAGCCGUCGAGCCUCCGCCGAGAUGCCGAUGGCGCCGCCCAAGCGGUCCAAGACCGACCAGCUCAGGAAGGAGAAGGAGCCGAGGCGAAGCACCAUCUUCCUGCCGGAGGAGGGCAUCUUCCGGACCGUGUCGCAAGCCGAGGCCGAUGCCAUGGCGGCGAAGUCGACAGCUUCAUCUGGCGUAUCCCCUACCGAGGCAGCAUCUAGCGUGCCCAUCACACCGACGGACAACAACCCUAUGUACCGCCGCACACCUUCCCUCGACCCGCCGGAUUUUGCCGUCCUCAACAAACAGCGGACGUCUCUACUUUCUCUCCUCGACGCGCCGCACAGACAAGAACCUGCACAAGUCUUCAACAUCCCCACCACCCCCGGCCCAGCAGCGCCCGGGGCACACCACGUCGAGACAGAAGACGAAGCCGAUGCACGGCACACCGCCAAGCCGCCGGCCGAAAUCGCCCUCCCUCCACGACAACCGACCAUCUCCGGGCCUCUCACCGAGCCCCUCCCAUCGCACUCCACCACCGCCGCCACAGCGACCAUCGACGCCCACACCCGCCCCCACACGACAGCAUCCCACUACCGCCCCUCAACGUCCACAACCUCCACCGUAACCACAACCACCACCACCAAAGUCCCCCUCCGCGAGGAACCCGACGACGAGAGCGGUCCCACGCUAGCCCAGCGCCUCAUGAAGAUGCAGCGCACCCCGUCGCGCCAGACGGGCGACAACCACCACCGGGCAAGCGACGGCAGCAACCCGGACGGGCCCAGCUUCGACACCUCCAACCCGGCCCUAACCCCGACCAUGACGCGCGAGCAGGCGCUGGCGCAGAUAAGGGAGCGGCGCGGACGGGCGAGGAGCGUGGGAAGGGUGGGCAGCGCGGGGAGUUCCAGUGCUGCUGCUGCGGGGGCUAGUGCUGGUGCGGGUGCAGGUGCGAGUGCCGGUGCCGUUGGUAAUGGGAGCAGGGCCGGCUCGAGCCAGAGCCAGCGUGCCGGGGAGGUGAGGCGCAAGGUUUCGGGGAGCAGUGCGACGGGGGAGGUGAGGCGGAAGGUCUCGGGGAGUGGGCCAGGCGGGGCCGAGGUGAGGCGGAAGGUGAGCGGGGACCUGGGCGCGACCGCGAGGAGGGCUGUUGGUGGUGAGGAGAGGGGUCGCGAGAGGGAUGUUAGGAGGGAGGUUAGUGCGCCUACUGCUUCUGGUGCGGCGGGGACUAUUAGGGGGAGUACCGCGGGUGGGGUGAGAAGGAUACGCUCGUGA